AUGAUAGGGAACAAUGGCGAUGCUGAACUAGAGGAGUACGUCCUUUUACUGCAGGUUGUGCGAGAUCACAUGUUGCGGCGUGAACACUCUGGUCAGCCCCUUGUACUUCAGCUCCAGCGCGAAGGGGCAGAUGGCGGAGAUCAAGUGACGCUUUUACUUGGACAAGUCAUGCCUGAUCAGCCCGGUAUUGCGAGGGUCGUGCCGCGACAAGGAGACAGCCCUGCGGUGCCGGAUGCCUCUUUGCCUUUCUUGGCGGAUAUGGGGCCGUUGCUUCUUCAGGCGCUGGCGCUGCAGGUGCUAUUCGGUGAGCAGCGACGUCGCAUGGCCGCUCCACUUGAAAAGGAAGCGGUUGGGCGACUUCAGCGCAUGAAAUUAAAUUGUGGAAUUGUGGCCCGACUCGUGUCGGAGGAGCAGGGGGUCUGCUCGAUCUGCCAGGAGUCUUUUUCCACCGGCUGCGAGGUGUACCGCCUUCCGUGUGGCCACAUGUUUGACGUGCGGUGUCUGAACCAGUGGCUUGAACUCACAAGAACAUGUCCAAACUGCCGCUUUGUUUUGCAGGAUGUCGAUCAACAGUACAAGGAUGUGGUUGCCCCGGUAUGGUGGAGAAGUGCGGGUGAGAAUGAAGAGGAAGAAGAAGAUAAAAAGUUUCAGAGCAUUAACACCGUCGCGGGAGGGGAAAGUUUAGCACGAAGUUUUCCGCCAACAAGAGAGGUCGUUGGGGAUGUUAAUGGGGAGGCCCAUAGCGACCAUUCGCGAAAUCCCCAGGAAGUAUUCAGGACGCAACAACAAGAACCACAACAAGAGCAGCCGCAGCAUCAUUUGGGAAUUCCACCGCCAUUGGUUCAAUCGUUCAGGACAUCUUCACUUGUCCCACGUGGUAGUACAACUGAUAGAGAGACACUUCUGGAGGGCAGUGGUGGGAAUGGUUUUUUUCCUGUUGAAAACGUAUUAGAGUCUGGUUUAGCUGAAUUCGAGCCGGUGCCGCCACCGGAUGUGCCACAGCGAACAGGUGAGGGUUUCCAUGAGCAUCUCAUUGCUGAGGAAAUAAGGACGGCAUCAUCGGUUAACGCGUCGCGUUUAGGUGAAAUACGGACUGUUGGGCUUGUCAACCGAGACCCGCAACGACCGAAUUGUCUGUCCACAAACGAAGAGCGAAGGUCUUUAGCCGGUGCCUGUGAACCAUCUUUGCCAGCGCCCACCACGAGGGAAGGAGCUGCUGCUGCCAGUUCAGCUUUUGGCAGAGACCCGGUGAAUGCGUCAUUUCCUCUCUUCCAGCGUGUCUCUGCUGAUGGCGGCGAGCACGGCAUUACUACAUUCAUGCCGAGUAGUAUCUCUCGUCCACCAGAGGAGACGCAGAGACCCCGUGACGAGACAAUGAUCCGAAAUUCCUCCUCUAAUCAACAACCGCCGCAGCCGACAGCGGUGGCGGGUAGUGCAAGAAACUUAGUGCGGGUUUUGCGACGGCAGCGCGCAGAGGAGGUGCGCCGUGUGCGGCUAGGCAACCCCAACAGCAACAACAGCAGCAGCAACAGCAAUGGCAGCAUUGGUGAUGCAUUGGAUGGCAACAUUGCCAGGCGUCAGGCACGCUACAGGCCUGUUGUCUCUAGAAGAUACUUCUCACACUCACUGCCGUAUCAGUCGCCGCCACUGCCGCCGCCACUGUUGGCACCGCCACAACUGCCGCUACAGGGGAAUUCAGAGGAAAAUCAACGCCGUGUCGGCGUGUUUGGUAGCGAUAGAUUUGUGCAACAUGAGUUACGUCGAUUGGUGGGAUCCCGUUCCCAACCGGGCCGUGGAAAUCGCCGAAACCUGGAGCGGUAUGAGGCAAUUAUCCGUGGUCGGCAGGGCGGAAGAUUUUGA